AUGUCACUUCAAAUUGCCCCCCAGAGGACCUGUCUCCCGCUCACCAAGUUCUCUCACACAACCACAACCAUCAACCAUGGUGGCCCAUUGGCCUGGACCCAUGUGAAUAGUGAUGUUGAUCUUGUCUGCAUCCUCGAGCAGAUCUCUGGGGAGCGCUCUGUUCCACCAAGGCUCCUUCUGAGGGUGGCUCGGAAUGAUGGCAUCCUCAUUCGACGAUUCCAGAUCAAGUUCUUGCGGAACACCGAUUAUUUUACAGCCCUCGCUCUUCUAAGUGAUAUCAACUGCCCGUUGACGGAGGGAAGUACGUCAAGUCUGCAACCACAAAGACUGCCUUCAGCCUCAUCAUGGGCCUCUUUCCAAGUACCAACACCAGGAUCUAAGGAGCCAAGUACUGUGGCGACCUCAGACAAUGAAGCGACCAUCCCUUUUUUCCCUAUGUCGGGACAUAUACACAGUGGGAUGACAUGUGCAUACCUCAUACAAUCCGGAAUCAAUAAUCUAAUACCCAUGUCUGUAGCACCCAAUCCACCCUCUUCAGCGUCAAGCAUUGUCUACAAUCUAGCCGGACAAGCUGUGCCUAUUGCCCAGAAUCCGUUCGAGCUCACAACAACCCGACAAAACAAGGGACUUCCCUCGUCACACCCAAAACAUGAAACCCCCCAAGGACCGAAAAUGCGUCCUGCAACCGUGCCAGCCUAUUAUGGAGACCAGCUUGACCAGAUGCUACCUCCAAAACGAGAUCUUCCCUUCCUAAAGCCAAGCCAGAAGAGGCCUCGAAGGGAAGGAAUCGAGACGCCAACGGACUCCCAGCUCGCAUCCACAAGCCAACCGCCAAUUAAUACCACUGUGAACCAGAGCUUAUUUCCGCUGACAGAUCAUGAUCGCAUUUCUGUGCCCCAUUGUUCUCAAGUAUCCGACUCACAGUCACAAUCUCAGUCUCAAAUCCCAGCACAGCCUCUUCUCGAUACUCUCCCAAUGGGACGACCUCUUUCACAGCCUCAGGCUUCUGACCAUGGAGCAUACCCUGUAUUGGAUCCUAUAAGUAAGCAGCCACCCAGUGCCCCGGGACAUGAUAGUGUGGCAUUUAUACAAGUUGAUCCAGGAGACGCGGGCAAAGCUGCACAGCCGACUGCUAUCUCAAAAGAUCAGCUGUCGGCUUACCUUGGUGCGCCAACACCUGCAAGAACUGCGUUCCUGGAGAAUUGGAUAUGCGAGUUGAUCGAGGAUGAUGGGUUUAUGGCUCUCUGUCAAGAUGUUGAGGUGACAUGGAGGCGGUUUGCGUUUGGUGUUGAGAAGUAG